AUGAACGUAAUCGACUCUUGCUGGAGAUCAAACCCCAAAUGGUAUUCAAAAGGGUUCGGGAAUGGUGCCUUGGGAGGCAAGAAUGGAGCCAUAUAUGUAGUCAUCGACCCAUCUGACGACCCGGUAAAUCCCAAACCGGGUACACUUAGAUACGGUGCUACCCGGUUUGAACCACUUUUGAUCAUUUUUGGUAGAGACAUGAUCAUUACCCUUAAGAAUGAGCUUGUUGUGAAUAGUCUAUCCAUGAUUUGCAAACCCGGGAAACAGGGUAUGGUUCGGAGCAGUCCAACCUCUGUUGAACAUAGGUUUGGUGGAGAUGGAGAUGGAAUUGCUGUGUUUGGAUCUUCUAUAGUUAUGCUGAUUGGACAUCAAGACGGAUUUAGAAGAGAUAAAGUUAUAGAAGUUGCUGUAGCCUUCAACCACUUUGGUCCUGGAUUGACUUGUAGAAUGCCAAGGGUUAGAUAUGGAUAUGCUCAUGUAGCAAACGACAAGUACGACCCGUGGGCAGAAUAUGCAAUUGGUGGAAGCUCGAACCCUACGAUAAUGAGCGAAGGGAACUAUUUCCUCGCUUCAAAUAAUCCUUCUUCGAAACAGGUGCUUAAUAUUAUGCAUUUAUUUACUUAUGGUGAAAGGGAAUGCUGA